AUGAGGAGAUGCCCCCUGCCGACCCCUGCUAGCUUGCUGGAGGCCUCGAGGGACGUCAGGCUCGUCCCUGGCGCAGCUCGCUGGAAGGAUGAUGGCAAGGAGACCUGCUCAACCCAAGAUGAGACCUCAGAGCUGCACAGAGGAACUCCUGCAUAUGGGGAGGAGCAGCCAGCUGCCCCCCCUUUCCAAGGCAGACGAGCCCUGGCCAGGAUUGUCAGGCUUGUGCUGGUGCUGCGGGACUGGGCCAGCAAGAGCUUGCAGGAGGAGCAGCAGAGGCCAGACCCCUUCCUUGAACGCUUCCAGGGCCCUGAGCUGCAGACAGUGCCUGCUGAUGCCAGCAGCGAUCCAGAGGAUGAGGAGUCCGAGGAGAAAACCAAAAAGAAGAAAUGGCAGUCCUUUGUGGUGGACCCUGCAGGGGACUGGUAUUACCGCUGGCUGGCCGUCAUUGCUGUUCCUGUUCUCUACAACUGGUGCUUGCUUGUGGCCAGGGCUUGCUUCAGUGACCUGCAGAAGACUUAUGUUGUCCUCUGGCUGGUGCUAGAUUACAUCUCAGACUGCAUCUACACUGGGGACAUAGUGAUCCGCCUGCGCACAGGUUUCUUGGAACAGGGCCUCCUGGUUAAGGACCUGAAGAAAUUACGGGAUAACUACAUCUACACCUUGCAGUUCAAGCUGGAUGUUCUCUCCAUCCUGCCCACAGACCUGGUGUACUUUGCUGUGGGAUUGCACCGCCCUGAGCUGAGAUUCAACAGGCUGCUGCACUUCUCCCGCAUGUUUGAGUUCUUUGACAGGACAGAGACCAGAACCAGCUACCCCAACAUCUUCCGCAUCAGCAACUUGGUUCUUUAUAUCCUGGUGAUCAUCCAUUGGAAUGCAUGCAUUUACUAUGCCAUCUCCAAGGCCAUAGGCUUUGGAGAAGAUACCUGGGUCUAUCCCAAUGUCACAGACCCUGAAUAUGGGUAUCUCACCCGGGAGUAUGUCUACUGUCUCUACUGGUCUACCCUGACUUUGACUACCAUUGGAGAGACCCCUCCUCCCGUGCGCGAUGAAGAAUACCUCUUUGUGAUCUUUGAUUUCCUUAUCGGUGUCCUCAUCUUUGCCACCAUUGUGGGGAAUGUAGGAUCCAUGAUAUCCAACAUGAAUGCCACCAGAGCAGAGUUCCAGGCAAAAAUCGAUGCAAUUAAACACUACAUGCAGUUCCGCAAGGUGAGCAAAGACAUGGAAACCAAAGUCAUCAAGUGGUUUGAUUACCUGUGGACCAACAAGAAGGCAGUAGAUGAACGGGAAGUUCUCAAGAGUCUUCCUGAUAAACUAAGAGCAGAGAUUGCCAUCAAUGUUCACCUGGAGACACUGAAGAAGGUGAGGAUUUUCCAGGACUGUGAGGCAGGCCUACUGGUGGAGCUGGUGCUGAAGCUUCGCCCUCAGGUGUUCAGCCCAGGGGAUUACAUUUGCCGCAAGGGAGAUAUUGGAAAAGAGAUGUACAUCAUCAAGGAGGGGAAGCUGGCCGUGGUGGCAGAUGAUGGAAUAACGCAAUAUGCUUUGCUCACUGCAGGCGGCUGCUUUGGUGAGAUCAGCAUCCUGAACAUUAAAGGGAGCAAAAUGGGCAACCGGCGCACAGCCAACAUCCGUAGCUUGGGCUACUCUGAUCUUUUCUGCCUGUCAAAGGAAGAUCUAAUGGAAGCGGUCACAGAGUAUCCUGAUGCCAAAAAGGUCUUGGAGGAACGUGGACGGGAGAUCCUUAGCAAGGAAGGCCUGCUGGAUGAGUCAGCUGAAGAAGAAAGCAUGGAAGGGAAGAGUGUGGAAGAAAAGCUGGAGAGACUGACCUUGAACCUGGACACACUUCACACUCGCCUUGGAAGGCUCCUGACAGAGUACAAUGAUGCCCAGAUGAAGCUCAAGCAGCGCAUUAGUGUCCUGGAGUCCCAAAUGAGGCAGCAGGAUCUGGAAGACUUCUUCUCAGAUAGUUCAGACAGUCUGUCUGAGGUUGAGGGUGAAGCUACACCUACUGGGUCACAAUGAGAGCGUGCAGAUCUCAGCUAGUUGAUGUCUUGCCUUGUGUUGAGGCAGUUUCUAUUUCCCGUGGGAGCACCUUCGACUGCCUUGACAGGACUUCUCACAUGUUCUUAGCACUGCCACUGAGUGGCAGCUCCUGAGAUGGCUCAAAAUCAGGCAAUUGUCCUAGCUCCUCCUCAAUCCUGUCUCAUUUCUUGUGAAACCUCUGACUUGGGUCAGUAAGAAGAGGAGGAUGACUAAUGCCACUACUGAUGUUUCCUUCCAGCUUCAGGAAAAGGUCUCUGUCGAUCGCACUUCUUUUUGCCUUAGUAGAAAGUGGGAUGUGAACCUUGAUGGGGGGGUACCUGGAGUACCAUCUCAAGUGAGAAAGCCCAACUUGUGCCUCUCAUACGUGCAGACAGGGAAGCUUGUCUGGGACACUGUCACCCCAUAGGUCAUCUCCACCUCUUACUGCAAGGCUGGGCAUCCAGCUGGAAGAGCAGGCAGCUGCCCACUGCGCUGCUCUUUCUGCUGCAUUCAGUGCUCAGCCAUCAAAUUGCCCCAGCACAUGCACACGGGUAGCCCAAACAUCUCUCUUACCAGGAAACAGCACUUCCUCCUGCUCUCCUGCUGCAGUGGUGGAGGGAUUUCCAUUUGGACUACAGAGGACUCGGAUGAUCAAUGCAGGGUGGAUGUGAAGACUGCUCCUUAUUGAAUGACAGUGCCUGUUGCACUGUGAGAGGAAUGAAGAUAGCAGCUGUCUCUCAUCUAUUUAAUGAUGGCUGGAUGUGCCAGGAAGGGUAUGACUGAAAUGACAUAUUUUUAAGGAACAAAGCGGUGAUAGGACCCAACUGUGCCCAUAUUUGCUUUACGGUGGGUAGCUCAGAAAGAGUGUAGAAUGCAUUUAUUUUCUUAGGCAGGAGGUUUUCUUGUAGUCGGUGGGAGUUUAGGGCCAGUUGCUGUCUGGAGAAAUGAAUGGCAGUCAUGGGGAUGAGUGUGCAAGGACAAAAACCUUACCCCAUCACAGCCACCAGCAAAGCCUUGUGGGUCCAUGGUGCAAGCAGGUGAGAAUGGCCAUGUAGUCCCUGCAAGCUCAGCACCAUCACUAGAGGCUUCCAAAGAGGAGGAAGCUUGUUAGAGAAGGGAAUUAUGGGGAAAUUCGUGUGCUGGGUCAAAUUCAACUCAUACUUUGGCUAAAAUAGUGGGAUGACAGAUGAGGGCAUGCCAAAGCACAAAGGCUCAUGGUGGAAAAUGGAGAACACUUGCUUUGUCCUUUCUUUUCCCUCUCAAAUGAGCCUGACUUCCUUUAUGUUGGAUGAUUUUCUGUUUGAAAUGGAACGGCCUUGCUUUCUGGGAUUUCUGGG